AAGAUAAAAUACUUUGAAUAAUUAAAUCCCAUGUGAAUGACUAUAGUACCAUAUAAACACUAAUCACAUAUACACAAUGAAUUUAUUACUCUUUAGACACUCUGAUAUUCUGGUUAUUGAUGAUGAUUUGUUCGUAGAUGUCAUCGACAGGGUUACAUUGAAUCAUAUUGUAACUGUAUUGAGAGUUUCUAUUGGUAAGGAGCUUAAGGUUGGCAUAAUCGGCUCCAAACAAGGUACGGCCAGGGUUGUGGCGAUAGAGAAGGACAGAAUUAGAUUACAGCUAUACGAAGAGUUUAAAAAUUUGGUUUCCGUUCCGAAUAGACAACUCGUCGAUUUAGUGAUUGGUAUACCGCGCCCAAAAUCGCUAGAUAAAUUAUUACAGUAUUCUGCCAGUAUCGGUGUUGGUAAAGUCAAUUUAGUAUGCUCAUCUAGGGUGGAGCUUUCUUAUCUAAACUCACAUAAACUGGAAAAUGAGCAUAUAGAGAAAUCGCUAUUAUUGGGACUCCAACAAGGUGUAGAUACAGUUGUUCCAGAGGUAAAGAUAUUUAAAAGUAUGGGCGAAUAUGAGAGGGAAUCCUUAUCUAAUUUGAAUGCCCUUAAAUUAAUAGCACAUCCAGGAUCCGAAGACACUCUUGGGUCUUUGGGAAUAAAUAAACACAUCAAAGGACCGAUCGUAGUAGCUAUAGGCCCAGAAGGGGGAUGGUUGGAUGAUGAAGUGGAUUUAUAUAAAAGAAUGGGUUUUAAACCAUUUUCUAUUACGGAUAGAAUUCUCCGCACGGAAGUAGCAGUUGUCGCAAUACUGUCACAAUUAUCACUUCUUUUAAAUGAUAAAAUACUAAGAAACGGUUUGGAACCAGCUAAUAGGUAG